CGGUGCGUCCGACCGUCCGUCCGUGUAUUAUGUGUUGUAUUGUGUGUAUAUAUACACAGGGCCUGAAGGAGUGCCGCGUACUGCAGACAUGGGGAACGCGGCUACUACUACUGCCGACAAUAAAUCCACCGCACCAGAGACGCCCAGUGCUGAAGAUGGCGCCAAGACCCUGCACAUACCCUUCGUCGCCCGCCGGUUCUCCUGCAACGACAUACUCAGGAUCGUGUAUGUCGUGCUGGCUGCACUGCUCAUACUGAAAUCCAUCGCGAUGAUCGCCGUAACCAUAGCAAUGGCGAUCGCUCUUCGGCUGUUCAGCUCGGAGCAGUCGGGGCGGCUGGUGGCGCUGAUCAUCCUGGCGGUGGUGUCAGCUGUGGUGCUGUCAGUCUGUAUAUACGCGCUGGUAGCCGUACUGAAGAAGCAUUAUAAGCCUGUGCAUGCGGCGUCAAUAACCCUGAUCAUCCUGGCGAUCAUCCAGGCGGUGGUGGUGGGAGUGUCGGUGCCCGUCACCAUCGGGGAUGAGGUGCACCUGGCGCAGUCUCUAACCACCUCAUUCAGACAGGCCAGAGUCGACAACCGACAGGCCAAAGCCUGGGCCAAUAUACAGUCCACGUUGCAUUGCUGUGGGGUCCACAGCGCUGAAGAUUACAGACUGCUUGGAGCGCCGAGGCUCUACGCGCCCCAUAUACCCAUCUCCUGCUGCCCGCAGUACGACCCCAGCCGAUCGGAGAUCGUGCAGGAGAGAGAGAAAGAGUCAUGCAGAGCGAGAAAGGAAUACUACCAGUUCGGCUGCACGGCUGGUGUUCUGGCCACUUACAGGAAUUCUACGCAUCUCGUUCUCAUCGUGACGAUUGUCUUCAUUGCUCUAAUUGUAAUUCAAUCGAUCAUAGGAGCAGUUUUGGCGACCAAAAGCCAGAGACAUAAACUCCACGAAGCCGAAAAACCGAACGAGCCGGAACCACCUCAAGCCGUCGUUUCUCAAAAACCGAAAGCAAAAUUAUCUCUGACAUGACAAUGGGGACCAUUUGGAAUCGACUACUUGCCUGAACUCGGACAAUGUAUAAAUUAUUAUGAAAACAAUGCAUUUGUAAAUAGGAAUCGUUAAAAAUAAAAUAUUAUGAGACUCGUUA